GGCGCUUUAACAGCAAGCAUUCAAGAUGGCGGCAGACAGAGCAGCGUUCAGCAACCCUGAGACUCCUGAAUAUGUUGGUUUUGCCAACCUACCAAAUCAGGUGCACAGGAAGUCUGUCAAGAAAGGCUUUGAGUUCACUCUUAUGGUAGUUGGUGAAUCUGGUCUUGGCAAGUCUACACUGAUCAACAGCCUAUUCCUUACAGAUCUUUACCCUGAGAGACACAUUCCUAGUGCUGCAGAGAAGAUUGAUAAAACUGUGAGUAUCGAUGCGUCAACAGUAGAGAUUGAAGAGAGAGGGGUCAAGCUUCGUUUAACUGUAGUAGAUACACCAGGCUAUGGUGAUGCCAUCAAUAACAAUGACUGUUUUGAUCCUAUUCUAAAAUACAUUGAUGAUCAGUAUGAACGUUACCUCAAUGAUGAGAGCGGUCUCAACAGAAGAAACAUUGUAGAUAACAGAGUCCAUUGCUGCUUCUAUUUCAUCUCACCUACUGGUCAUGGGUUGAAACCACUCGAUGUUCAAUUCAUCCAAGCUCUUCACAACAAGGUCAACAUUGUGCCUGUCAUAGCCAAGUCUGACACACUCACCAAGCGAGAACUUCUCAAGCUCAAACAUAAGGUACUUGAUGAGAUCCAUGACAACGGUAUCAAAAUCUACCACAUGCCAGAUUCAGAUUCAGAUGAAGAUGAGGAUUUCAAAGAACACAACAAACAGCUCAAGGCUAGUGUACCAUUUGCUGUAUGUGGAUCAAGUCAGCUGAUUGAGGUCAAAGGAAGGAAGGUCAGAGGUCGUUUGUACCCAUGGGGUGUAGUUGAAGUUGAGAAUCCUGACCAUUGUGACUUUAUCAAACUGAGGAGUAUGCUGAUAGCAUAUAUGGAGGAUCUAAAAGACGUUACCCAUGAGGUACACUAUGAAGCCUUCAGAUCUGAGAAACUAGCCAAGUCAGGUGGUAGUGCUGCUAAGAAACCAGCUUCCAGUAGGAGAGCAGGGUCAACAUCAGAAGAACCUUCAAGUGAGAAGGAUCGUAUGCUCUUGGAGAAAGAAGCAGAGCUACGUCGCAUGCAAGAGAUGUUGGCUCAGAUGCAGAAGCAGAUGCAGCAACAGGCUCAAACAGGAAGUCUCCAUUCUGAAGAAGUCUAGAAGAAAGAGAUAGCUGUACAAACAAUCAUGUAUUAUGAAAUCAUCUACUGCUGGAAUACUAUUGGGACCACCAUUGCUGUUACCAGAAACUUUACCACUUCCUGUUCCUCCAUCAUAAUUACUGGUCAAGAAGAUCAGCCAUCUGGAAAGAACUGAUACAUCAGGCAUUUUCAAUUACACUGUGGUGUUGGUGUUAAGAACAUGGCUGCUGAGCUGAAGCUUUAACACCAGCUGUUGGUGUAGAAAACAAUACCUGUAGUAAUAAUGAUUGCUCAACAUAGAGUGACAUCAACUCCUAAAUCAGCCCUAUUGUUUUGUGUUGCUGGUGUUAGUGUUUUCAUAAAAUUGAUUCCUACACCAGUAUUUAGAGUUCAGUGUUGCUGGUGUUUGUGUUGCCACAAUGCCAAACUCCACACUAACCUCAUUUUGAAUUUAGUGUUAUUGCUGGUGUUUAUGUUAUACCAACACCAUCACCAGCCAUCAACACCAAACUUGAUAUUACCCAUUAUCUAACAGUAAAAGAUAAUGAGCCAUAGAACAUCUACAGUUGGUAAACCCACAACAGGAAUUUUUUUUAAAUUGAUCAAAAUAUUGGUGCUGUUAGAAAAUAUUGUCUGCAAGACCUGCCUAAAUGCAUAAGGAGAUACAUGCAAUGUUUAUUAUUGAUUGUAACUUUAAGACCAAAAGUUGCACCAAUUGUACAAUUCAUUGUAUCUUUUAUGUUACGGGGUCUUUAAGGGUCUAUGUGUAUAGUGAGUUAGAAAAUUUAGUUGAGUUUAUAGAAGUAUUGCAUAUAAAUGGAAAUAAAGAGAACACAGUAAUGUCACCCUUCUUCAGACUAAUAAUGUUGAUAUUGACUACUCAUCUAAAUCCUUGUUACAGAAUUGUCCUUUUCCUAAUGUUAGCCCCCCGUAUAGAGUACAUAGAAGUGCCACAUGAAUACUCCACAGGGAGUAGCGAAUGUACAGACAUGGCUGGCAAACCCGGAAUCUGACGAUUAGGGAUUGCAAAACUCAUUGAAUCAUUACAUAUGUUGCAGCUUAUCAUUAUGUUAUUAUUUUCAGCAUUAUCGACUAUUGUCAAUCUAAGGUUUGAGGAAAGAAUGAACAAAAGUGAGUGAAUGGGAGAAAUGUAUGGUAUCCAGGAUUUUAAAAUCAUUUAUAAAUAGGAAUUGUGCUGUAGAAGGAAAUAUGAUUGGCACGAGUUGGUUAAAUAUUUACUAAAGUAGUUUGCAAACUAUGCAAUACAUGAAUUGAAAAUGUAAAAUUAAGCCCAUGUAAGUGCACAUCUAGCCUUUGAAAAUAUGUUUAUAUGACUUCUGAUGAUCCCAUAGACACCUGUUCCAUGCUCUGUCCCGAGCUAGCAUGCAGAUGUAGAUACUAAUUAGAGAUGCUUUAUUAUAUGCUAGUUGGUCUAAAAUCUAAGAUUUAUCUGACAUCACUGUUGCUUGAUACACUUGGUCCACUAGUAAUCCAAUUAUCACUUGGCCUAUAACACCACUUGGGCCAACACCACUUGGGCUCAUAGUCAUUCAUUGCAAUGAUAACAGUUUUAUAAUUAUUGCCUCUUUGUCCACUUCAUAGUCUUUUCCCAUUUUGUCUUGUGACCAUUGGUUCAUUUACUGGUUUGUCUUAGCGCAUAGUCUAAAAUGUAAGUGCAAGGAACUUGCAAUCUCAAGUCAGUUCAUGUCCCCCAAUCAAUCGUAAAUCAUGAAAUUAGUUCUAAAUUUGCAAUUGGUUGCUGGUCUGCCUCUUGCAAUAUUUUAUUCGACAGUUAACAUGGAAACAGUGCUUCUCAGCCAAUCAGAAUCAAGGAAAGAUGUCAGAAUCGAUUUGCUUUGGUUAGAAUCGAUCUAAAUUUGCAACUGAUAUUUGUAUUCAAUUGCAAAUAAGUUACAUCAACUGUCGUGUGGUUAGACCAAAUGGGCAUAGCCAGAUUUGACAUCAGAUUGAAAAGCAAGUGGGAAUUAGACCAAACCUUUAAGGAGAAUUGGACAAAAUUGUAUAGCAAUUCACCAUUUCAAAGAAGGCAAUAUUAAAAUGCAUUACAAGGGAUUAGUACCAUUGGAAUCAUGAGCGCGACCUGUUGGAAUGUGACUUUGUAUCUUGCAAAAAUAGUCUUCCUGCUAUAGGCAAAGAUAGGUAUCAUUCUACUCCUUUUUGUGUCAGACUUCAAUCCUUUGAACACACAUACAUAAUGAUAUUCAAAAGCAUUUGAAAAGUUUAGAUUUUUUCUUUUCAAGCAAUAUCAAUUUUUGCUGCAUGGUUACGGGAAGCUCUCACUUUGAUCAUACCAUCUGUAUUCUGAUGAUAGCCUGAAUAAACCGAUGUGUGGUUUUUGAUGUACCGUAUGCAAGUUCUGUGUAUACACUAUUUAUGUUGCCUUGUAUAGCAAACAUAUACCAUCUAUGUAUAACAUGUUUUAUAUUCAUUGGUGUAUUUAAUGACUAAUAUUUAGUGCUAUUUUGACAGAUAAGUUAUAUGUCUUAUCUACAACUAAUUUUUUGUUUAUAAAGCAACAUGUACCUUUUUUAAUGUAAUUAGUUAUUUUUAUUAUUUUGAUACUUAUUUUGUGUAUACUAUUUAUUUAUUUAGUUAUUUGUUGACUCUUUAGGAAAAUCACACCAUACUUGGCUGAUAUGACUUCAUUUUUCAUUUCUGUAGGAUCUUGGUGAUAAAGAUAUUUUUAGAAACCUUUUGCCAUCUCUGUUUUCCAAUGCUGCAAAUUGUUACUCCAUUUAUGCACUCUAGGCAAAAGCAUUAUUGUGAAUAAAUGCUCAAGUAUCCCAGAAUAUUUCCCUCAAAAUACCCUUGAAAUGCUCAUUAUUUCGAAUGAAUGGGAGAGAUGCUCCCACAUGUGUUUAGGUUGGUAUAGAAAUUGUAAUCCAUGUCCCCAAAUUGCAAAAUCCAGAAUUUGUAAAGUAUGUCAACUUUUGUUUCUAACAUUGAAAAUGUUUAGUUAGUAAUCUUUGAAUAAGCUAACAAGAUUUGUUCAUUGCAUUUUGUAGUAAUAAAUAAUUAAAAUAUGUCUAUUUACUUCAUAAAUCAAGAAA